GGUGGAGUGGAGACCGCCAACUCUCUAUCCACUUUUGAGACCUCCCCUUCCUUCCACUCUCGCCCCACCGCUUUCCUCUGUCCUCUCCUCUCCUCUCCCCGCUGUCCAUGGCUGCAGCAGCGUCCUCCUCUGCCUCGCCGCUCCUCCUCCCCUCAGGGCCGAGGCAUGCGUCGGCCUCGGCGACGGCGUGGCUUCGCGGCGCCAGCGCGUUCAGGAGCAGGGCGCUGACCUCAGAGGCGCCGUGCUGCUGCAAGGCCGCCGGUGUCGGUGGAAGCGCGGCGCAAUGCGGGGCGGCUGACGAGUUCUUGAUCGGUGGUGGCAGCAGUACCCGGAGGGGGAUGGUAGGAGUGGCCCUGGGAGCCUCUGCCUUGGGGCUGGCAGCGUUUGACGCGGUCGCCGCCGGGUUGCCGCCGGAGGAGAAGCCCAAGCUCUGCGACGCCGCCUGCGAAACCGAGCUCGAAAAUGUGCCUAUGGUAACUACAGAAUCCGGUCUGCAAUACAAGGAUAUCAAAGUGGGCGAAGGGCCAAGUCCACCCAUUGGUUUCCAGGUUGCUGCAAAUUAUGUUGCUAUGGUGCCAAAUGGGCAGAUUUUCGACAGUUCACUGGAGAAAGGUCAGCCCUACAUAUUCCGUGUUGGAUCAGGACAGGUGAUUAAGGGGCUUGAUGAAGGGAUUUUGUCAAUGAAGGUUGGAGGACUACGUCGGUUGUACAUACCUGGUCCAUUAGCGUUUCCUAAGGGUCUUACUUCAGCACCUGGAAGGCCAAGAGUACCUCCGAGCAGCCCUGUUGUUUUCGAUGUCAAUUUACUGUACAUACCAGGUCUCGAUGAUGAGUGAAGCAUUCGUGGCGACAGUCUUUUUUUUUUUGGUAUACUCCAAGAGCAACAUACUGUACAUGUAGAGCAACAAUUCUUUCCGGCUAUAAAGUGUAUGAAGUAUCCAUGUUAAGGACAUAGUGAACUCUCGAAAAUUGGAGUAUUUUUUAGAUCUAGAUUUUUCUGUUCAAAAUGGUUAAAAAAAUACAUCAUCUGAUUGCCCAUCUCCCCUGUCGCCACCUUCAGCCGCUGCAGCUCUGGUUUCAGGGUCUUGUUCAGAGCUGCAACAGGGUAGUGUUGUUCAUUCACUUGUGUCCCCAGAACAAAAUCUAAGCAUUGCUGCGAUUUGGCAGAAUGAAAGAGAACGUGUGGCAAAGCAGUUAGUGUGA